AUGCCUGUAGUUGACAGCAGUGAUGCACCAUUUCUAAAACAUCUUCCAGCCAUAUUGGAGUUUAUCGAGAACACAGAAACAUUGGGCGGAAAAGUGCUUGUGCAAUGUGCUGCUGGAGUGAGCAGAUCGCCUGCAGUAGUUGCCGCAUGGUUGAUAAAGAAGAACGGGAUGCAAGUUGAUGAAGCGAUUGAAUUUAUAAAGGAAAGAAGACCGGGCAUUAAUAUCAAUCAGGGAUUUCUGGAACAGUUAAAUACAUUUAGACAAACAACAUUGGAUAUUUCGUAA